UGUAUUUCCUGUAAAAUGGCGUCUGCAAUGAAGUGGGAAGAUGCAAGAAAUAAAUUACGUCAGUGGAGAGAUGAAAAUGUCAGAUCAUCCGAGGAAGUAGUAGAUAUAUGGAAAGACUGUUUGAGCAAAUAUAUUAACAAGUUGGGCGAUGAAAAAUGGUUGGUUUAUGAACAAGUAUGCAUUGCAGCAUUAGAUAUUCAUGCUCUUGAUGUUGUUCAGGAAUGCUUGCAAGCAUUAGAUCACCAGUUUCCUGGGAGUCUUCGAAUACGAAAAUUAAAAGCUAUGAGACUAGAGACGCUGGAUAAACCUGAAGAUGCUAUAAAAGUGUACGAUUCAAUCCUUCAGCAUGACGAAUCAAAUUCUGUUAUUCAUAAAAGAAAAAUAGCCGUUCUGAAAGCUCAAAACCAGAUACCUGAAGCCAUAAAAGAAUUAAGUGAUUAUUUAAAGAAAUUUAUGAGCGAUCACGAAGGCUGGAUGGAAUUGUGCGAUCUUUACUUGCUCGAACAAGAUUAUUCAAAAGCUGCAUUUUGCAUGGAAGAAUUGAUACUUUCAAAUCCUCAUAAUCAUUUAUAUCACCAACGAUACGCAGAGAUCCAAUAUACUAUUGGUGGAUUUGAAAACAUCGAAUUGGCUAGAGCAUAUUUUUCCCAAGCAUUAAAAUUAAAUCCUCACAGUACAAGAGCACUGUUUGGUCUAUUUUUGGCGGCAACUAGUAUCGUAUCUUCUCCAAAGUGUAUAGCUCAGAAAAAAAGGGAAAACAUAAAAUAUGCUACUUGGGCAGCACAGAAAAUAACAAAGAAAUAUCAGGAAAGUUUGUGUGAAGAUUAUCAAUUGAAAUCUCUAGAAGGACUGCUCAGUUCUCUACAGAUAUCUUAAUUGAUGGUGAAAAUUUGUUUACGUGAUUUUAUUCAAAGGAGUAUCUCAGUUAUUUGUUAAACUUUUAUUUACUGUACAUCAGGAUUUAUUAAAAUAAUUGUUUUCAGAAACGAUUUCGUAAAUUAUCCAUUAUGAUCCGAAUCUUUGGUCUUCUUCAGUGCUUGGAAAAACUUGUGUCUGAAUUGACUGGUCGUUUCCGGUACCGUAGCAUCCAUAUUAUCCAUAAGCUGAAAAGAAAUGAAAGAAUAUUUUUAAUCCCUUAUUAGUAAUUCAUUCAUCAGACAGUAUUAAAACAUAUUUUAUAUUAACUUUGAAUCAAAGAACAUACAACAAAUAUUCAAUUUUUUUCAAAUAUUCUUUAGAACUAUACAUUCCAUACAAAGAGUAUCUUGCAAUUGUUUGUUUAAUGGGUAAAAAAGCAACAGGAAUAUUGAAAGUACUCUGUAUGCUACAUAAAUUUGUGCCAUGAAAUAAUUAUGUACAAAUUAAAAAGUAAUAUAUUAAAUUUAGCUGUAUGUGUGUGUUGA